UAUAUAGGCAUCCAGUAGUGGCAACAUUCCUCUAUGGUUGUCAUUUAGAGCGGUUUGAUCGGGUUUGAUGUGCUGGAUGUGGUAGACAAACAUCACGACACAAGUGUUAAUAUAUGAUUUAGUGCCCUUUCGUCGUUCGUUGUCGGAUUUCAGAAUGCAGAGAGAAGAAAAACAAUUAGAUUCGGCCCUGGAGGCACUCAUUGUUCGUGUAAAUGACCUUAAAACAGCAAUCGGAGGAAUGCUCUUCAAAUUAGAACACGAAUACGAAACGCUUAAUUGGCCCAACUUUCUUGAUAAUUUCGCAUUGAUGUCUGGUCAUCUCUCUGCAUUGAGUAAGUUGUUGAGCCACGACAAAAUGCCUAAUCUUCGAAACCUGACUGUACUGCCACUGCUGCUGAGUCCAGAGCGCGAUGAAGAGUUGCUGCGGCUGACAGAAGGCAGAGUGCCUACAUUUGCUCAUGAUCUUGUGCCAGAUUACCUGCGAACUCGGCCCGAACCUGAAGUAGAGCAUCGCAAUUUGCAAAUGGAACACAAGGCUGCCAACCAGUCUUAUGAAACAGCUCAAAAGCAGAUCUCUGCAUACACAAAAGUGGUGAGCCAGGUGCUGGACAUAGUGAGCAAAGCUCGGGAAGAUUGGGAGUCGGAAGGCACCAGAUCUGCCACUGGCCAGACCUCUUCUGUUGCUGAUACCCACACCUUGGUGGCGGCUAUUAGUAUGGGCAAAGGACUGAAGGUCAUGGUUCCCCCAGUGCAGGGCGGCCCGCAGGGCAUGAUGGUGGCCCCCCAAGUGGGCAGGCCUGGAGGCAGUGGGCCUCAGCAACCAGGCGGUGGACCUAUGAACCCCGGCCAGGGACCCAUGGGUCCUAUGGGAAAAGCUCCUGGUACAAUAAAAACAAAUAUCAAAGCAGCUACGCAAAUCCAUCCUUAUGGCAGAUAAAUGUUUUGGGUAUAUUUUUUGUUUCUUUUUAUUUAUGUGAUAUGUUGUUUCUAUGUUUAAACAUUUAUUAAAACUAGCAAUGUUUCAAGAAUUUUAGAAUUGUUUAAUCAUUUUCACUUAUUGUAGUAAUGAGCAGGUGUGCUAUUUAACAAUUUUUAUUUUGAAUAAAAAGGCUAAUGGAAUGAGUUAUACAAAUUUAAGAAAAACCUGUUUUGAAGUAAACUUUUUGUAUUGACACAUAGACUAUCUUUGAGUGAAACAAAUAGAAUUUUGAGCAUUAAAGUGUCUUCCAUUACAUUAGGUAGUUUUUGCACAGUAGUUCAUAAAUUUGUACAUUAAAGGUAACAACAUAAGCUGUAUAAUUUUGAAUUCUUCUUAAUAGGAUUGGACUCAAUUUUGUUCUCAAAGUAAGAUAAAUGAAAAUAUUGUAUUUACCCGAACGUAAGAUGAGCUUUUUCCUCUAUAUCUCAUUCUAAUAAUUAUGAGGUUGACUGAUAUUAACAGAUUAAGCGUAGUUGUUUUUACCGUGCCUGUCCAUGACAAGAAACUCGAUUGCUGAUUUAAAAAUAACCUGCAAAGGCAAAAAAUACCACACAAUUAUGUUCAUGGAUUGUUAGCACUCAAUGCUAAGCAACUCAAAUUAGUAUUUUUCAAAUAGUGAGUAAAUCUCAAACAAAUGGGGUUGUUGUUAGUGAAAAGUAAUUGAAAAUGAGUAAUAAUCAUUAGAGAUUUUGCUACACAACGCGCUGAUCGAUCUGUUUGGACUAUUGAUUUAGUGCCUGGCGUGUAUGAAUCUGUGUUUUACUCGAAUUAAAAGUAAAAAAAUGCACGUUAAUAGAAGUACUCAUUCUUCAUUCCAGAGAAACAGAAUGAUUUUUUUAAAAAAUUCUAAGCAUAAAAUUCCCAAACUGUUUGCUUGUACAGAGAUGUAUGGAUUCAUAGUUGACAACUGGGUUAACUAAAUUUAAAUAAUCUUAAAAAUAAAGUAACAUAAAUCUGGUAAGAUAGAGAGGAAUGUGCAUAACUUUCUGGAGGGGUGGAGGCAAAAUUGUUAUUCUGUGGAAUGAAAGAUCAGACAAGAAAGAAACAAUUAUACAUGUAAAGCUGAAGAUGGUAGCGACAAAAACAAAAGUGACCAUUUUAAGAAACAAGAAAAUAACUUGAAUAAUAGAUUUAACUUACUCAUUAAUGAAACAAUCUGUGAUUUUAUUUUAAUUGAAUAAUUACUAUUAGCAACAAAAUUAAUUAAGGAAGCCUCUUUAAAAUUACGGGUCCAUCUUGUAUUUGGGUUAAUACAGUAGUUCUGAAUUGUGAGGGCAGUGUGUAAUGUUAAUGCCACAGGAGUAAUGUUAAGGACCACAAUAAGUGCUGCAAUGCCCUAGAAUUUUGUUGAUGGACUUGAGCUGACCAUAUUGCACCAUAGAAAAUUACUGUAUGUACUCGAAUAUAAACUGCCCUUGAAUAUUACCCACUCCCUAAUUUUACGGUAAGGAUUACAAAAAAAUUAUUAUUUUUCUUUACUUUUAUUGCAUAAAUAUCUGUCCUUGGAAGGUCUGCACCUCAAGGCCCAUCUUCACAGCGGCAUUAUGUCAGGUAUUUCACAUCUGUCUCGGUUGUGUCGCGUGAUCGCGACUGUAUCAAGCAUCGCCGAUCACGACUGAGAAAGGCGCAAAAUGAUGGGAGACCUUCAAUUGUGAAGAUAGGCUCUGACGCACCACGGUAUAAAAACCGAGGUAUAACCCACACCACCAAAUGACACGCAACAGGCUUAAAAGUUCAUGGUACUAACAUUGACUUGCAUAUUACCACACUCCAUUUUUCAACCAGCACUUUCUGAAAAAAAUACGCGGGCUAUAUUCGAGUAUAUACAGGACUAGUUAGCAGGCCACCCCGUCACCACAUAUAGAAACAUAUAGAAUUGUUGUGAUCAUGUAACUUGUAUUGUAAAUAAUAGUUCUCAUCUGAUAACAUUUGAUAAUUCUUGUUGUGUAUUAUUGUUUUGCAGUUCAACUUUUGUAAUUCUAAGAAUUCUUGCAUGUAGUAAGAACAAAUUUAAAACUUAUCAAAUACAAAGUGCUUCAUAUUGUGUAAAAUCUGUUUUAAUUUCUGUUUCAUUGAUGAUAUUUAUCUAUUUGCCUUGAAAGAUGUGGUAACUUACAUAAUUAGGGAUCUGUUUCUUCAUAUAUUCUCAAAUCUAGUUACAAAUUGACUUUGGACAUUUUCUUCAGUGUUGUUGUUGGUUUUUAAUUUUAUUUCCCCCCCCUAUUAAAGUAUGUUGAUUUGUCAUCAGAAGAGUUCUAAUUUGAAAUACUUAAGACUUAAAAGAUGGAAAGAUCAUUUACAGAGAAUGGACAACAACAGGUUUCCAAAAUUAAUUUGGAUGUACAAACCAAUAGGGAUCUGAGAUAGCCAGUCCAGCAUGAACACUUUGAAAACAAAUAAUCCACCAAGAAUACUGUAAUAAACCAAUAGAAACAGCCCGUAAAAACUAAUUUCUGGUCAGUUCAUGAUGAUGAAUUUUUAAUAAAAUUCUUUGAAUUUUGUCCAUAUCAAAUUGUGAGAAAUUAUAUAAUCUCUGCAUCUCAACUUGCAGGAUGAUGAGUAUCAUAUGAUAGUACACUAUUGCUGAAACCGAGUACAAGUUUGUGAUUAUUCAUAUUUACUUACCUUUUAUAGUGUGCUAGUUUCUAAUUAAUAUAGUAAAACUUCACUAAAAAAGUAAAUCGAAGGCAUUAUGCAAAUAAAGCAAACUUUCGCUAGAAAUACUCCAAUUCAAAACUAAAUAUAAUGGAACCUGCCACAUUAUUUUAUUUACCUUUUUAAUAUUGUAGAAUUUACUUUUUUCCCUAAAGACCACAGUUUCCAUUCACAUUCAGCAGAUUUUCACAUUAUACACAUUUUCAGUUGAGCAAAUGUUACUGUAUUAGUUUAAUAUGUGGUAUGCUUUCAAUUAAUUUUUGACUGAUUGUUUGUUUUUUUCUUGUAACGUAUGUGCUUAAAGAUUGCUUCCGUAUAUUUUGAAGAAGUGAUAAUUGAGAUGUUAAAAGACAAAUCUAUAAUAAAAAUAGUGUAAUGUCUUGUAAAUUGGUUCAUGACUGAAGUACAAAUUGAAAUUAUUACAAAUGUAUUGGUAAUUGAAAAAUAAUUAAAGGGAUUCUGGAUUAGGAAAUGCUCAGGGAAAGUUACAUAAUUGUGGAGAGAUUAUUUACAAAAUUCUGAAGUAAUGGAAUAUUUGAUGAUAUGACAAAUUGAGACAUUAUAUGGGUAGUUAAAUGAACUAUAUUUUGUAAGCUGAAAUUCAAAGAAUGUUCAUUAACUUGUACGAAUAGUGAUGUUUCACAUGAAAUUGAAAUUGUUAACAACGCAAUAAGAAAAAUAAAAAAAUGUUUUAUUUCCUCAGCUAUCAAAUUGUUUAAUAUAAGAUAAAAAGUUAAAGGAGACGAAUAAUUGUAUACAGAAUUGUAGUUUUUGUACUGAAUACUAGUAUUAAAAAAAUGUAAUGUUACAAAUAAAUUUAUUAAUUGAGAUGUG